CGCCCCCUUCUUCCGCCAUUUUGGUUAAGGCGGGCAAUUUUGAAAGGCUGCCGCGAACUGAACUGGAUUUAGCGCUUCCGAUUAUCGUGGUUUUCUACAAAUCACUCUGAUUUAAGAUAACAUUAUCUAUCUUUAACGUUUAGUGACUUAUCUGUGCGUUUGUUUGUAGUGAAUGUCGAAGUGUACUUGUUAGCUACACGGACUUAUUUGCUUUGUAAGAUGAGCAGCCGAACACCGCGAGCAACAUCCGGCGGACAGACGAGCAAAAACAACAACCGACACCGAGACUCCGAUGGAGGCAGUCCACCAUGCCGGAGAUCAGCCCGGCUGUCUACGAAUGAAAACGUGCCUCCUAAAGCUGAGGCUCCACGUGUUCCUGUCAAACGAUCGAUCACUGUGAGGAAGAUUGUCCCAAGGAAAAUCCAGGCCACAUCCGAGCUUAAUAAGGAAAAUGUGGAGAAAAGACUAUCCGGUGACUCUAGAAAAAGGUCCAAAGUCUCAAGUCCACCCCAAGCCGAGACCACCGUGUCCAAACCCACCGUCCUCUCGACCAUCCAGGCCUCUGUGUCACCCUCUCCCCAUACAGCACAACCCGAGCAGGACCCUGUGUGGUCCAGCAAAGUCCGCCGCUCCUACAGCCGCCUGAGCAUGGGCGACCGCUCGUUCGAGAGCCCCAAGCCUCAAUCUGCCUCGUCCCCCACCCGCAGAGAGACUCUGUUCGGGUUCGAGAGGCUCCAGACGCCAGAGGUGAUCCGUAAAGCCGACGUGUCCAGAGGAGCCUCUUCCUCCAUGUGCGUCGGAUCCUUCAACCUCUCAGCGGCUGACGACACUGUUGCCAACACCCCAGAGCCCGAUCUGAACAUUCCUGGGGUUUGCCUGGUGAAGAAGAACGCACGGAGGAAGAGGGUUCAACAGAUAAAGAUGUCAGAGCUGGACAUACUAGCCGCAAAGAUGAAUGCCGAGUUUGAGGAGGCGGAGUGCUUUGAGCUGGUGGUGGAGUGACGUGCCGAGGCAGCUACAGAGACAUUUCGUACCCUGGAGACAAGUGAACUAAGACUUCAGCUUCAGCAUGAACCGCUUCUGUAUAAGAGUUCAUAACUAAGGACAGAUCAAGUGAAUGUGUUGAUUCACAGAGCUGGAGAAAUGGAAUAAGCCAUUAUAUACACGAGGAUCAUUUAGCUCUGUAAUGUCAUUGUUUCUCUCUCUCUCUCUCUUUUUUUUUUUUAAAUACAUCACUAGAUCAGACUGAUUAUCAAACCUAAGUUUUUUUUUCACUUAUUUCUCUCCAUGUCAGAAGACAUAAAUGCAGUGCUGACAGUUUUCUCCUUUUAUUGUUUUUUAUUUUAUUUUAUUUUUUUUGUAUUGUCCGAUUCUGUAGAAGCGCUAGAUCUGCUCGUUCACAUUAUUAGGACAUGGUUACUUAUUUCUUAUGUUCUAUCAGUGACUACUAUUGUAUUCGUGCUUUCUGUUAACUAAAGCAAUUAGCAGAAGAAUAAUAAUUUUUAUUCUUGUUCUUCAGUGGUGUCUUUAUAAUGCACAUUAUAUACAGCUGGCAGAUUUGGUCAUUUCAAAGCAUGCAGGACAUUUAUCGCUAUGAUUAGCUGCUCCAAUGACAUCCUGAGUAAGAAAUGUUUGUUCAUGUUGUUUAUUCACACACAUACAGAAGGAUGAGUCCAAUGAAAACUGUGCAAGCGCAACAUACACUGAUCAGGCAUAACAUUAUGACCACCUGCCUGAUAUUGUGUUGGUCCCCCUUUUGCUGCCAAAACAGUCUUGACCCAUCAUGCACUGUGUAUUCUGACUCCUUUCUAUCAGAACCAGUAUUAACUUCUUCAGCAAUUUGAGCAACAGUAGCUCGUCUGUUGGAUCGGAUCACCCUCCUCUCCCCAUGUGCAUCAGUGAGUCUUGACUGCGCAUGACCCUGUCAUCGGUUCACCACUGUUCCUUCCUUGGACCACUUUUGAUAGAUACUGACCACUGCAGACCGGGAACACCCCACAAGAGCUGCAGUUUUGAAGAUACUCUGAUCCACUCGUCUAGCCAUCACAAUUUGGCCCCUGUCAAACUCGCUCGAAUCCUUACGCUUGCCCAUUUUUUCUGCUUCUAACACAUCAACUUUGAGGACAAAAUGUUCACUUGCUGCCUAAUAUAUCCCACCCACUAACAGGUGCCAUGAUGAGAUCAUCAGUGGUGUUCACGGUGCCUGCCAGUGGUCAUAAUGUUAUGCCUGAUCUUUGUAAAUUAGACAAAUCGGUCUGUGUUUGAUUUCAGGGAUCCAAACACUUGCGUUGGAACUCUGGCAUUAAACUUGUAGAAUAUGUAGAAAAAUUCUAGGCUAUACUUUGCGAUUACCGAUGCAUAGUUAAAAAAAAAAAAAAAAAAAGGUUUAUCAAUUGAUUCACCCUUGGUUAUAUAUGAGGUUCUGAUGUAUGGUCCACUUUAUUAGGAACACUUGUACACCUAUUUAUUCAUGUAAGAAACAAAUCAACCAAUAAUGUGGCAGAUGAAGAUGGAAAGAUCCCUCGAUUUUGCUUGAUUCUGUGUUGACUGUAGAUUCCUGUUCUUGCCUUGACAGGAGUGAACUGUAGUUGUAGCUCAUCCACCAGAAGGUUUGAAGUGCUUUCUGAGAUGCUUUUCUUUUCACCACGGUUGUAAAGAGUUGAAAUUUUUUUUACCACAGGCUUCCUGAAAGCUUAAACAUACAGUAUCUAGGCAUUUUCUGACUGUUCAUCUUUCAUACACAAGAUGUUUCCACCCACAGAUCUUCCACUCGCUGGAUGUCGUUUGUUUUUCACACCAUUGUAUCUGAAAAAUGUUACAUGUUGUGCUGCUGCUACAUGAUCAGCUGAUUGGAUAAUUGCAUGAAUGAGCAGGGGUAAAGAUGUUCCUAAUAAAGCUUGAAGGUACUGAGACGAAACUAAAUCGCCGCUAGUCAUUUUACAG